AUGUCUCCUGCCAGUGGACGAGUGCCCGGCCAGAGAAGCCCCCACGUGCUGGUCACGGACUCGCGCGAGCAACAACCUCAAGCUGUUCGUCGUGGCGCCGGCACACGCUUUAUAACCGUCGAUAAUGUCCUUCAAUACGCUUCCGACGUACCCUCCAUGCAACAACGUCUUCCGCCCCCGACCACAACACAACCACGGCCACGCUCUCGUCUAGCGUCUGCAGCUGGCGGGUUGAUCGGUGCAGGAAGUAGUGCAGGUGGCUCUGGUCCUAUUGGAAGUGGAAGUCGGCUGGCCAACACCGCAGCAACGAUGGGACGACUUGCCGCGCAACCACGUUUACCUCCGCGUACGACAAAAGUCAGCGAGAAGCUCGUGCUCCUGCCGGAAGCAGAGGGAGUGGAGGGGGAACUGAACGAGGAGGAGGAAGACGAGGUGGACGAGGAGUUCGUCCAGAGACUGGCCAAGGAGAGGAAUCUAGAUCCCGAUUCUUUGCGACAGAGACUCUUGACACAGAAGAGGCUUGGGGGUGAUUUCGGCGUCGACAAUGACAUUGCUCCUUUGCUGGCCGAAGAGGAGCUGCUGCGCCGACGCAAAGUUGCGCCCGAAAAGGCCAAAAGCUACGCAGAGCGGCUACCCAAGGCCCGUCGUGCUGAGAAGUUGGCGCGUGUUACUGCUUAUUGCACGGCGCAGGCUUACAAGAUGAGUUCCUUGGCGGCUUUUGUCAAGGACAAGCAUGGAGGACGGACUAAGCUAUACGAUGAUUGUCUGUAUACGGCGUACCAUUUACCGCUGUUACCUGGUCUUGAGGGCUAUCGGGUGCGAAGCAGUCCGAUGGUGAAGAAACCCGGAGGCAAAUCCCUUUUGGAUGAAGAAAUCGAGAGGAACGAGCUUCGCGACCAUCAUGACGACUAUGUGAUGGAUGCAGAGGAGCAUUCCGUCGGCGGCCACCAUCAAAGACACGGUUCAUUGCGGGAUGUUAGCGACUCAUUGGAGCUUGAUGGCACAUUGAUCCACAAGUUCGACGAGGACUUACACCACUCGGAGAGUGACACGGUGAGGGAUACCAGCAGAGUCUCAGUCCCUGGUCCUCGGCCAGCCCAGGCACCUCUUGCGUCAACAGGGCCCGCACGCCUACCGUACGAUGUCGCAGAGAUGUUUGUUUUCAGCUACGGCGUAGUGGUUUUCUGGAACCUGACAGAGAGACAAGAAAAGGAUCUCCUAGCCGAUCUGGCGUUUGCAAACUCCUCCGCGACAGGAUCCCGCAUACCCCUGGCAACCAUGCCCUUGGACGAAGAGGACUUUGAAACAGAAGAAUUUCACUUCGAAUACUCGACGGAGAUUUCACGGCCACGGGUAUUCAACGACAUGAUCACCCUGCGCAGCGGCGACCACAUGAUCAAACUAGCCAUCAGCCACGGCAUCGCACAAAGCACCAAGCUCUGCUUCUUUGAAGAAGUCAUGGCGCGCCAAAUGGCCGAGGCGAAGGACGUCCCGCGCAGACUCGCCAUGACGGGCAAGCUGGGCAUGAAGCGCGAAGAAGUCUUCCGUAUCUUGGGCAAGCUCUUCAAAAGCCGCGUGGAAGUCAAUCUCUCGUCCAACAUGCUCGACGUACCCAACUUCUUCUGGGAGAGCGAACCAACCCUCUACCCGCUCUACAACGCCGUCCGUGAAUACCUCGAGAUCAAACCCCGGAUCCAAGUCCUCAACGAACGAUGCCGAGUCUUCCUCGACCUCGCGGAGAUCCUCUCCGACUCGAUCGCCGAUAACAGAACAUCCCAUCAAACCUGGAUCAUCAUCGUCCUCAUCCUUAUCUCCAUCGUCGUUACAAUCUCCGAGGUCUUCCUCCGCUUUGGUCUGCUCUCGGCCCGCGAAAAGAACACCUCCUCCACUUCCUUUGGCGCCAUGCUUUUCUCUCGCGCUUCGAAUCCAGCAACCUGCUCGUGUCCUGCGCAGGGUGCGUUUGACAUGAAUGCAACUGGGGUUGGGACGCUUUAUUCCUAG